UCUACUGCCAACAUUAAAUGAUGGAUCUAUACAUCAACUCUCUCAUGUCUUCAUGGCAUGAUGCCUAUUUAAAUGCCAAGGAAUGAUUUUUAACUGUGGCAAACCAAAUAAAACCAAACCUUUGAAAUGCUGUUGACCUGACUUCCUCCAUGCCACAUACAACUCUUACAUUACCACAACUCAAUUACCAGUCUCAUUUCUGAAAAUGGGCUCCGGCUCUCUGCUGGGCAUACUAGCCUUUACCCACUUAUUUAUUCUUCCUUUGGUGAUAAAUUAUAUUUAUGCACCAAAGUUUCAUCAUUUUAAUCAUCAAAUAUCACUUCCUCUACCUGAAACUGAAGAAAGUUUCCAUUUGUGUAACACCUAUGUAAAUAACUCCUGCUCCCAAGUGUUUAAUAUUAUGCACAAUAAAAUUAUGGUUAUCCUUGUCCUCAUUUGCAAUAACAGACGACUGAUGAAAAUUAUAUUUAUCAUGUGUUUAUUGCCAUAUUCUUUCCCCCAUAAAACAGAACACCAGGGCUUACUUAAUGGAAGAAAUAAACCACAUAUCCUAGAAUAUGGUUUGGACUGUAAUCUGAUGGAUCAUCCUGCAUCAUAUUCUCCAUCUCUUGAACAAGGUAACUAGACCAGCCCAUGCAAAUAAAUUUGUUAAGUGGUCACAAUAAACCAUAUGCUGAACACUGUAACCAUACAUCUGCUGUUAACAAUACUUGGCAUUCAUUAGCCGGAAGCAAAAGCACUCUGUUAAGAACAGUACAAUAAAUAAGAGACAUUUCUGUAAUUAUUCAAGAAUAGUCUUGCAUGAAUAAGUAAAAGCAUUCAGUUCUCUGCAUUUCACCAACAGUCUAUCAACUGUUUCCCUAAUAUCCCUGAACUGGUUGUAUUUAUAAUGGAGGUACAGUGUGUUUUUGUGAGGUAGGAACUGAAUUUAUAAAUAUUUACAUGAACAUGAGACUUCAAAGAGUUACCAGUUGUUCUACAAGGUGAGUCUUUACUCCAGGACCAUAUCAGAAAUGAAGACUGUUGUUCUGAUGACUUACCAUGGUAACCAGUUCUGUACCUUGGUUGCAUUCUUUUACAAGGGUAAAGAGGUACACCGGUACUGUACAUGGCUGCAACUUGUGGAUGUAUGGUUUCUGCUUCAUGCUUGGCAUACCUACACAUCAAAAUGUGUAUUCUUGAUAAUAGCUGUUGCAGCCUCGUUAGCAAUUGGAGGAUUCAUAAUGCAGACACCUGAACCACUCCCUCUGUUACCUCAUACUGCACAUUCAAAUCAUCUUUCGUUGCGUGACAGCUAUACUAAUGACAGAUACCAGUGUCACUCAAGACUACACACAUUCUGCGUGGAACUUCAGACACUUCAUGGGGAGCAUGAAGCAAACAUCAAAGAAUUUCAUACAGAGUUAAAAGCCUUGAGAGAUGCAACAGACAUGACGAGAAAACAUAUCGAUGAAAUUAAGUCACUGGUGCAGUACGUAAAGACAGACGCUUCCAAAAUGGAAGUCGCUCCAUCUCUUAACAAAGAAGCAUCAAUACAAAAGCUGAUCGAGGAUGAACUUGCCAAAUAUGAUGCAGACAAGCUAGGUAUUCCUGAUUAUGCCCUGGAAUCCUCAGGUGGAAGUAUUGUAGCAACUCCAGACACAAGGAUUUACAAGCAGAUGACCUGGGUAACUCUCUGGGGCAUCAGGUUAUUUACAACUGGAACUAACAGUCCUCGGAAUAUUAUCCAGGCAUCACUGCAGCCAGGCAACUGCUGGGCAUUCGAGGGUUCAAGAGGAACUGUUAUAAUUAAAUUAUCUGCUAGAAUUCACAUUACUGCAGUAACAUUGGAGCAUAUACCUCAAAGAAUAUCAACCACAGGGAAUAUUAAUUCAGCACCAAAAAUGUUUGCCGUCUUUGGUCUGAAGCACGACAGUAAUGAUAAAGAUCAUUUAGGCUACUUCACCUAUGACAUAAAUGGAUCACCUACACAGACAUUUGAAGUAAUUCAAAAGGCACAACAAAACUACAGCUUCCAAGCAGUGGAGCUCUCAGUUCUCUCCAACCAUGGAAACCUAGACUACACCUGCAUCUACCGGUUUAGGGUUCAUGGAACAGCAGCAACAAAUGUCCAGAUAUAAACACAAGAGAGAUGAGCACAGUGGAGCUGUAUGUACCAUCUGCUUGAACAUAUAUAAAAAAAAAACACAAAUGUAUUUGUGUCAUAUAUGAUCCUCACAACAAACAAGAGAUUAUUUCACUAACAUCAUUAAAUGGUGAUGGUGUGUUUUCUGUGAAGUAAGAAGUGGGAUUUUAUAUAUUAUUUAGAUGAGGUUGACGCUUCAGAGUUAAUAGAGUAACAGUUUUCUCUCUGCAUCCUGGCAAUCCAACACAGUACAGCUAGACCGCAAUGAAAAGUUCAAUGGAUAAAUGGAUGGACAGCAAAGCCAUUCUGCCAUGAAGCAAGUUUUCAACAGCCUCAAAUAUUCGUAUUUAGACAACCACCCGAAUCGUGUCCCCUACCUACCGAAACUGUAAAAUAAAACUAAGCCAUAAUCUCAUUAGAAGUCCCCUGAUUGCAUUUGCCAUCCGGUCUAUUUAACCAUUAGCAAUUAAUGAGUUUUUGUUUCUUUAACAUGUCCAGCCCCUGGCUCUAGUUAACAGAUGGGGACUCACUGGUCACUUAAUCAGUGUGUCAACUUUGGAAUUAAUACGCAUAAAGUGAGACCAGAGAUAUAAAUAAAAUAUUAACUGAACAGACAUUAAGAAUUAAUGCGGGAUUUAGGAAAUAAUGAACCUAGCGACAGUUACAGGCACAAAAACUGUCACUAUGAGAAGCUGGUUAAUGGAUAUAGUGGAAACACCCAUUUGGAGUUUCUUGAUUUAAGGUUCUUCCUCAUGCAGACUUCCAUUUCCAUGAUGAAAUCAAUAAUCCCAGUGUUACAUUACAUCAGCUACUGUUAUUGUUGUUAAUACUUCUUGACUGGAAGUCAACUAUACUUAGUAUAUUACAUAAGUAGUUAUUUCUAGCUUCCCCAUCAGUACACUGUACACUAGCAUAUCAAUCAAUACUAUAGCAAGUGUCACGUAACUUCGAACAAGGCCAAGAGCAACCCUUAAUGUGGAGAAGAAAAAUUUCAGACAAGGGGGUGGGUUCGAGGCAGGUGGAAGUGGAGGAACAAGUGUUAAGAAACUCCUCCCACCACAAGCUAAGCGCGGGAUUUUACUAGGAAUGCAGGGCCUUGUUCGAUGUUACGUGACACUGUCUAUAACUGUUAGACAAAUAUCAACUGAAAACGUCUGACUGAACAGAGGGUUUCUCAGUUUUGAGGUAGAAUAAGUUAAAUGUAUGGCAGUCUGCAUUCAAGUACAUUCUGUAAGUUGGCUGAGUUAUGUUAUGAAGAUUAUGAUCUUCUGGGACGUGACACCACUGUAGUUUGGUGGAUGGGUACCCAUGUUUUGGAGGAACCUGCUGCCUCCUUGUUCAGGUACCUAGGUCACAUGCCUAAAGACAAUACAUUUCAUAGUCACAUGAGAACCUCAAAUGUCAUGAUAUUUUAG